GUACCUUGGAUCGCCGGUGGUGCCGUAUCCAAGUAUUUCUACAACGCAUUCUUCUCGGUAUGGAAUGGAGGAAUCAAGGACGAUUUCUUGACACUUGCAAACAAAUAUAAAGAUUAUGAACUAUGGAUUGUGGGACAUUCCCUUGGCGGAUCAAUGGCAUCGCUGGCUGCCUCAUACAUCGCAAAAGUGAAGCUGUUCGAUGGAAACAUGAUCAAAUUGGUGACUUUCGGCCAGCCAAGAACCGGUGACGCUGACUUUGCAACGGUACAUGACAGUCAGAUUCCAUAUUCGUUCCGAGUCAUUCAUGCCCACGACGUGAUCCCACACAGUCCACCACGAGGAUAUCACAACUACAGACACCACAAGUCGGAGGUAUUCUACAACAAUGACAUGACAACAGAUGAUUACAUUGAAUGCGACGAGCAGGAGAGCCAAGCGUGUAGCGACCAGAACAUCGACGUCUCAUUCUACGAUCAUCACCGGUACUACAACGUCUACAUCUACGAAUGGGGAGCCGUUGGAUGCACUGGCGAUCCAGUGAAUCCGCCUACUGUGCCACCAAAACAAGCCUAA